CCGAGUCAGUCCGCCUCACUAAACGCCCUUUGCUGUGUCCAUGCCCCAUACAGGGGGGUUCCAGCCGACCCUACGCCUGGUCGGGCGUGGUGCACUUUCCUAUCCCCGCAAUAAUAAUGGGCGCCGCAGCCUCGCCAGGUGUUUGCGUGCGCCCGCCAGCUGCCCCAGGUGCAGCUGGGCACCACUGCUCACUCAUGCCAAGGGCCAUCCUGGCCUCCACCAAGAGUCGGCUGGCUCCCAUUUCUCUUUUUUUGCUUCCUUCCUCCUCUGCUUCUUCUGGAGUCAGACUUCUAGUAAAUCGCUGCCCUCUGUGUUGAAUUGGACGCUUUUCAAUCCCGCUCUGCUUCUAAUCAUCGCCUCUUUUCUCUGCGUCAACAACCCCUCCAUCCUCAACCGUUACCCCCUUGCAGCUAGCGGCUGCCAAUCCCCUCGCUACGUCAUGGCCUCAACGGCGGCCAACGGCACGGUAGAGGUUACACCUCCAGCUCCAGCAUCUCCCACAGCUGCUGAUACACUGCUCUCAUCGUGCUUGGCACUUCAAGAGGCCUCGAUACACUCCAAUGACACGCUCCGCGCGGCGCUGCUCUCCGUCGCUACCGGCCGUGAUGUCGUACUUGGCCUCUCGCGUGAGCUCGUGCAGAUCCAGACAGGGUGCCGCCUGCUCUCGCGACACACUACAGCUGGCCCUCUGAGUCUGCCCGAUAAAAUCCUUGUCGCCCUCGAGACUGUUGUGGCACAUACGGUGCAGCUGCUCGGCGUGGCCAUGCUGGUAGUCGACCAGCUCUCCACAGCAGCCGAGGAUGAAGCUCACGCAACGUCUCUACGCCACAUGACGUCCCUUAUGGAAACAGCCAAGACGGUAAUUGAGGUUGGCGUCGAUGCCAUGAGCUUCACCCCACCAUCCAACGAUAACCCGCAAGAUACACCGUCAGAGCUCCCGAGUUACCAGAGCACCCAGCUUCUCCAGGACACAGUCAAUUUGCGCCUUCGUACAACAAACAUAUCCGCGCCGGCCCACAGCACAUUCGACUCUCUCAAACCGGCCGUUAUCGAUUUCAUCGACACACUGCAGGCCUAUCUCGAAGAGUCCACAGGCACCCUCAUCGUCCCUCCCGUCCCCGAAAACAACAUCUCCUCCAACAUCAGUGACGUCGCUUCUCUCCAUUCCGUCCACAACACAGGUGCCAUGACGCCCGCAUACUCCCCCAUCAACGUGAGCUUCCCUGCGCCAAGCCACGUAUCCCUACGACACCUGUCGAAGCGUGAGGUUUCGACGUCCGAAAUUACCCAUGUAGCCUUCUGCGACCGCAAGGGUGCACUAAUUGUCGCCGCAUGCACGGGCUCAUCCGGCAUGCGGUUCUUCUCGGUUGUGACCGGCCACCAUCUACAAGGCAGCUACGACGCUGCCACAACAGCCAUCUUUUCGUACCCGGGAACCACAUACUGCAUGUACCCUCUCGAAGAUGUCUCCAACCCAAGCAAGGAAAAGGCGCUGUACCUCAUUGACCAUCCCACCGGCACCAAGCUGCACCGAUACCGCUGGCCCGAGGCCCGCCCACUCGCUUUCUCACGAGACGGCCGCACGACCGCCCUCGCCGGCGCAAACAACCGCAUCGGAAUCUUCCAGACGUCCAGCCACCUCGUGCAGCGCCAACCGCUCAUGAUUCACUCACACAUGGAUACGGUAUCCCACGCACUCUUCACGCCCGACUCCCACGCCCUUAUUACCAUGUGCGUCGACGGCACGCUCCGCCUAACCGACCCUCUCAACCUUGAGACACUAGCCAAACUCGAUACAGGCGCAACCAAGAAGCCUCUACAUCUCGGUGUCUGCCCGGACUCGAACCUCGUCGUUGCCAUCUACGGCGACACCGUGUACCGCUGGGACCACCCGACUGGCGCCUUUGAGUCGUAUACGCUGUCGGCUCGCCGUGGCCGCGAAGGCGUGCCCAUUGCUCUCUCACCCGACUGCCGCUUCCUAGCGUGCCGCGUCGAGGACGGCAUGGACAUUACCGACGUACACAAGGGCACUGUGCUCUUUACAAUCCGCUUCCAGACGGGCUUCCUGACGAGCGCCGCCUUCUCAGAUGACGGCAAGUAUCUGGCCGUUGCAAAGGCCACCAGCUGGAGCGGCAUGCGUGUAACCAAAUCCACGCUCGAUCUCUGGGAGCUGACACAUUAAAGAAUCAAAGUCUACGUUGGCGUUUUUCGGAGUGAGGAUUGGAUGUUUGUCUGCAUAUCAAUGGCGCUGUAUAUCGAAGUCAUGGGAGCAUAUCAUUUGGAUAUAUAGUUGUGUAUAGCAAAGAUACCAUCAUACGUUUUUUGGGGGGAAAUAAUAUAAAUUUUGAUUCUCUUGUUUUUAAUACUACUAUACGGACGAUCCUGAUGUGAUGGUAAGUAGAUAGAUACAUAUCUCUUACCAAAACACAAGUCUCAAAGAAUCUUAUGACGAAGACACAAACAAAAGCAAAUCAUCAAGAGUACCCUAAGUAGGAAAACAAGGAAAGAAAAAUGCAUGCCGGUUUUGUCAAUCCCCUAAAGAGCCCGGUAAUAAUAUAGUAAAGUCUCAGAAGGAAGAAAGAGAAGAGGGGUGUACAAGGAAAAAAGAUAAAAGAAAAGAACAAAACUCCAAAAAUGCAAAAUGCAAAGUCUCCUUUUGCCCGUCAUGUUGGUUUCCAUUUUACGCCGUCCGUUUGACUCAUUUGUUUCCUCUUCUUAAUUGUUGGUUUCAUUUCAUGCGCGUUGGACGGCCUGUUGAAGAGACAGGUCGCCAACCACGCGUCGAACACCUAGCUCCUCCACACGGUGUCCAUCACGUACUGCUCCAAAAUCGAGAAUCUACAAAGCAAGUUAGUGAGCCGUCAAGGAAUAAGAAAACAAAAAAAGGAAAACGUACCUCGACAUAGGUCAACUCCCCACGCUGGACCGCAGCAACGCAUCGCCGCUGGUCAAACUUGACUUGCCACACGCCCCGGAGAUCCGUGAGCAAAUCCUGCACCCAAUCGCCUGUGCGAACAUCCCACAUCUUGACCGUCUUCUCGCUGCCGCUAAUUACCUUGCGCCCGUCGUGCUCAAAGCAAGUAAUGGCACCGGUGUGGGCCAUGAGCAUAUGCUUGCAGCGGCCAUUAGCAGGGUCCCAGAUACGCAGCGUGGAAUCUGCCGCCGCCGAGACCAGGCGGUCAUCCUGCAGAUCCAAGAGACCAACAAGCAUCGUGUGCCCCUCCAAAGUAAAGAGACAAGCACCGGUAUCGAGAUCCCAAAUCUUGACAAGCGAGUCCAUGGAUCCAGAUAUGCACCGGUUGCGCUUCGUAUCCAACACCACCGAGUAUACCUUUUGCGCAUGCCCACUCAGGACAUGGAGGCAUCGGCCGGUGCUAAUCUGCCAUACGCGUACAGUGCUGUCAUAUGAGCCACUAACCAAAGUAUCUCCAUACGCAGCAAUGGCGCGAACCGAAUGUGUGUGUCCGGUUAGCACCCGAACAAAGUACGGGCAAUCCGUCUCUUGGGCUGGCGGGCCAGUCUGGAUAUAUCGUCGAGAUCCAGCUUCAGGCAGGCGCCAAACACGGAGCUGGCUAUCACGCGAUCCAGUAAUGAUAAGGGGUUGUUCAGGUCUAAUAAUGCGGGAUCCGUCUGAUGCUGCUCCAAUAUCGGUAGGCAUGAGAAUCUGCAAGCAACGUACAGUGCUCGUAUGUCCGUAAAAUACUUGCUGGCAGAGUCCCUUUUCAAUAUCCCAAACACGAACCGAGCGGUCAGUUGAGCCAGAAACGAGGAUAUUACCUUCGUAUUGCAGGGCCCAGACACCACCUUCGUGGCCCUCCAGCUUCUUUCGCAGCUCGCCCGUCUUAGUAUCGUACACAUGGAUGAGCGUAUCGUCGCUUCCCGUGAUGAUCUUGUCGUCAUCAAACUGCAAGCAUGUAAUAACGUGGCGCGGAUGGGCCGCAAAGGCAAUGUGCGAAGGUCGAACCUUGCCGUUUGUCCAGCUUUGGCGGAUCAUGUGGUGUCUACGAUACAGCGACUUGAAAAGAUGCAGCUGGCGCAAGCUAGGAAGACCAAGCUCGGGGUCGGGGACAGCGCUAGCGGCAGCGCUGGCAGCAGAUAGUGGUCCUUCUGACUUGUGCUUCGCAUCAAUCAGAGGUUGUUGGUAGUCGCGUGCCGUCGCCAGUUGGUCAGGCUCAGCUUCAUCGGCAGCCAGCCCAGCGUGGCUAAGGGUACGUCGCUUGGAUCUGUCCGAGGUGAUGUAGGCGCCGCGCUUGCGCUUCGCGCUUCGAAGUCUAGACAUGGGGGCAGCGCCGCUCUCUUUGAGAUCGUCCUCUGCCUUAAUCUGGCUGGUCAAGCUCAAGUCCAAUUCAUAACUGUUCGGACCGACGGGAUCUUGCCAACCCCAGCCCUGUUUGAUAGCCUUGUCGAGUUCGCCCGGUGGUAGAAUCAGACCGUCAUGAUCAAAGAGCUCCUUCCAACCCGUUUCAUUCCUAUCGACAAUGUUGCGCCACUGUUUUGAAACCUGGGCAGCAUUACACAGGUCUCCAACAUCCAAGUACGACAAAACAGAGUAGCUCAGCUCGAGCGGCAGGCGCUUCAAGAAAUCGCAUUUGAGAGUGGGUGUGACGGUAUCGAAGAUGACUCGGAGAGUUGGGCGGGGGCAUCUGCGAAGGAAUUGGUACAUCAUGUAUGUCUUCAUUUCGGUCUUCAUGGAGUCGAACGCUUCCAAAAGAACAUUGGUAUCAAUAGAUAUAGGUCGCUGUCGGGUGAGGCCGUCCGAUGGUUCGUCGUCGUAAAAACCUGCCGGUACGAGUUCCCUUCCUGUAAUGGAGUCGUUGCCUUGAGAUUCAUCAGCCCAAGCCGAGGACUGAGUAGGUCCCAUAAGCGUGCCCUGCGUGCCGCUAUCGUCCACCAUCGUAGAAGUAGACGUAGUACCGGCUUCCCCUAGGCUCGCAUCCUCCAUAUCAUCGUCGCCAGAGUCAUUGGCAGCCGCAUCUUGCUGAGGAGUAAGGCCUGGCGAUAGUCUUGGGCUGGGCAGAGCCACGGGAAUUUGGGUAUCACUGUCGUCGUCUAGUUCAUCAUCAGUAGAAAGGGCAGCCUCGGCAUCCGUAAUAGGUGGUGUUGCUACCGUGCUGCUGAAGAUGGUGGGUGAAUCGCUGCCUGUGGGGCUUUGAGCAUAUCCAACAACGCCAUUUACCAUGGGUGGGGGAAGGGGAGCAGGAGGAUCGAGACCGAUUAGGACUGGCACAGGGCCUCCAGGGCCUUGUACAUUUCUGUGGUUGAGGCGUGGUCGGGCUGGUGGUGGCUCCUCCAUGACGAGAUUCUUAGACCAGGGGACGCCUUUAGCACCCCCAACAAUGAUACAAAGACCAUUUUCGUCUUCAAAGAUGUACUUUUCGCCAGUCUGCUCAUCCUCCUCGCCUUCCUUCUUGAUAUCCUCGCGGCUUACUACCGCGUCGUUGUCCUGCGGCUGCUUCUGACGCGAGCGUUCGGACAUGGACUGGAGAACGGCGGAACGGAGCGGCCGGUUUGAUUUUGAUUUCGAAUGACUAUUUUUAUUUUGCCCAGUUGAACGGGUUGCAGCAGACGACGACUCGGCGUAGGCGGGUCGAGUGGCGCUGCGACUCCGGGGGCGGCCACUCUCACUGUAUGACGGGGACGAGUCUCGGCUAGAUUGCUGAGAGGAGAAGGAGGAAAAGAGAGGUUGUGAAUGAGGUUGAGAGCCGGUUUUGAUGGAGGGGGCGGGCUGUAAUCUGGCUUUGCCCUUGUGCUAUAAAGUCAGACCGUGUUAGCAAGGCUACCACUG